CAGAAGCUCCAGAGGCCCCUCUGGAGAGUAUAGAUGAAAGUCCUUCACACCAAGAAGUAACAAUUUCAAUUGCAGGUCAUCACCAAGCUAAGUAUUCACAGUUGUCUAGGCUGACAGUGACACCUCCAGACCUAGAGCUCCCCCUAACGCCAGAAGCCACUGCAGAGGUGGGCACUUCCCUAACCCAGCAUGACGCUACAGCACAACACUCUGUUCCACUGGAUGACAUGGACCCUCCCAUUGCCCUGAAGGAGGCCCCAACCCUGCUUCCAGAGCCCUCUAAAGAGCCGGAAGCCUUCCAACAGGAAGAACAGCUGCAAACCUCUGAAAAGGCUGCACCUCUGCCUCCAGAGCUCCCUCAUGAAGUCACAGCUCAGUCUCCAGAACAGCACAGGGUAACAAUUUCUCCUUUAGUUAGUGAUCAAGUUCAACCUCUAGCAUUAGACAGUGUCACCAUGGAGCCUCCAGAGGUGACUAAUGGGGUUAGAAUUGAAAGUUCAACAGAACAGAAGGCCCCGGCUCAGCCCUCAGUGACCCCUGAGCAGUUUGGACCUUUCACCAAUGAGGAAGAGGGUUUGACCGAGCAGCCCAAUGCAGCUGUGAAGCCUGCACCUCCCCCAUUGCCUAGCAGGGUCCCCACCCAGCCCACAGAGCUCCCCAGGGAGUAUUCUCCACGCCAGCAGGAGAGCUCAGCUCUGCCCCUGAACUCCACGGCAGGAGCUGCACUUGAAUCAGACCAGCAUCAGCUCUCGACUCAGCCUUGGAGACCCUCUGUUGCUUUUAAGUUGACAGAAAGUAUAACAUUUUCAGGCCAGCCUUCAGUGCCACCUGAGGACACAGGACCAUUUCCAGCCCCCCAGGAGGCUGAAGCCCCACUUUCAGGGUCACCUAAGGAGGUGGAAACUUCCCCAGCUCAGCAGGUGAUGCCACCUCAGCCUGUAGACCUCCCUGAAGGGAGACCCCAGCCAGUGCUGCUGCCUUUUCCGUCUCCAUCUCCAGAGCUACCUGAGGAGGUAGAACUUUCUCCAACACAGGCAGUGGACCCACCUCAGCAUUCACAAGAGCCACCCAGUGAAAGUGCGUCUCCCCCUCCAACACAUUACGAGAUGACAGUUCCACCAUUGGGUCGGGAUCAAGUUCUGCCACCACUGCCCAGUGUCACAUUUCAUCCUUUGGUUCUGGAAGCCACCAUCACUGCAGAAGCCACUGUAGAGGAGAAAUCUAUAGCUCUUUCUCCAAGGCGCCCUGAGCUGACAGUUCUCUAUGAAAUCUCCAUUCCAGGCACAACUGGCCUUUUAGGCCCAGAGCUUACUGGAACUCCACCAUCGACUACAGAAACUGAAGCCUCUCCAGCUGUGCAGGAGACUGUCUCUCAGCCCCCAGCCCCCGCUAGGGAGGCUGCCUCUCAGGCUCCAGCACCUCGGGAGACAAGCGUUCCAACACCAGGCCAAGGUCCUGCUCAGCCUCCAGCAUCAGCUGUGAUCACAGGGCAACCUUUGGACCAGGAGCCAACCACAGCUGCAGUGCCCACCACAGAGGCCACACAGUCUGCAGCCCCGCAGGAAUCUACAGCUCCUCCCGCAACGCACCCUGAGGUGACGCUGUCACCCCCUCAUCUGGCUCCAGCUCAGCAUCCAAACCUGACUGCUAUCACAGUUGGACCUUCAGACCUGGAACUUUCUAGAACUCCACAACCUACAGAAGUUAGACCACUUCCAACUGUCUCAGAGACCCCCUCUCAGCCUCCAAGACUAUCUGAGGAGACUGUACCUCAAGCUCCAGGGCCUCCUGAGAAUGCCCCAACCCCUGCUCAGGAGCCCGCUCAGCAUUCAGCAUCACACAGCGUCACAGGGCAACCUUCAGACAUGGCUCGCACCACCACAGAGGCCACACACUCUGCAGCCCUGCAGGAGUCUACAGUUCCUCCUUCAGUGCACUCUGGGGUCACACUGCCACCCCCAGGCCAGACACCAGCUCAGUAUCAAAGUCUGGUUGGAGUCACCACUCAGCCUUUGGAGGAGAAGGCUUUUGCUCUGCAAAAGGAGCAGAGUGUCGUGACGCACACGGACAUAUGUGAGCUCUGCUCCUGCCGAGAGGAGACCCUGUCGUGCACUGGCCUCGACCCGGAGAAGAGGCUGAAACAAGUUCCUGCCCUGGAGCCCGGGGCCCACAACACCACCUUUACCGUCUUCAAUUUCCAAGGAAACUCCAUUUCUUACCUUGAUAAGAAUAUCUGGACAACAUACCAGUGGGCUGAGAAACUAAAUCUCAGUGAAAAUUCCCUGACUGAAUUACGAAAAGAUUCCUUUGAAGGCCUGCUGUCCCUGCAAUACCUAGAUUUAUCCUGCAAUAAAAUACAGUCAGUUGAAAGAGGGACAUUUGAGUCACUACCUUUUUUGCAGUUCGUAAAUCUUCGCUGCAAUCUCCUCACAGAACUGAGCUUUGGAACAUUUCAGGCAUGGCACGGAAUGCAGUUUCUACACCAAGUAAUUCUCAACCAUAACCCACUGACAACUAUUGAAGAUCCAUCUCUUUUUAAAUUACCAGCUUUAAAAUAUCUAGACUUGGGAGCAACCCACGUGCCCCUGGCGGUCCUGGAGAGCGUUGUCGCCGUGACGCUGGCGUUGGAAGAGCUGAUCUUACCGAGCCACAUGGCCUGUUGCCUCUGCCAGUUUAAAAGUGACAUCGAAGUUGUGUGCCGGACAGUCAAGCUGCGCUGCGAAGGCGCCUGUGUGUCCAACACCACGCAGUGCUCAGUUGAAGCAGCAGCCAUGGGGAACGUGGAAGGGACGUUCAUGAAGGCGUUCCAGGCCCGGAAGAAGACCACCAGCGCCGAGCUGACCAUCGAGCCGGAGAGGCCGUCGUCCCAGCAGAGUGGCGGCGGCUGGCUGGCCUUGGCCAACCAGCAGCUCGACUUCCACGACGAGAGCGACGUGAUCAGCGCGCUCAGCUACAUACUGCCCUACUUGUCCGAGGGGGACCCGGGCGCUGUGGAGUCCACACUACUGCCCUUCAUUCAGCUGCUUUUUGAAAAUGUGCAAGAUAGGAAACAUUCCCUGCCUUCUUUAAAGAAGAAUAUAAGGAAGUCCUUUAUACCUGAAUCCAACAAUUUGAUUUACAAAAAUAGAUUGAAAAAGCUGUAUUUUCUCCGAAAUUGGUUAGAUGCAGAAAUUCAGAAAAAAAUCAAAGAGGUCAAGCAGGAAGAGGAAACUGUCUUGCUCAGGCGGCCUGGCCCUUUGGGCCCCAGACUGCAGCCCCACACCCUGGCACGGGCUCCAGCGCAGGGUCGGCGCGGAAGGAGGAGGCCGCGGGCGGCGGACGGGGCCCUCGGGGGCCCGAAGCGCAGGCGGAAAAGGCUGCUCGGGGACCCGAGGACGCGGCAGGUCAGGCCCCGGCGGGCCGCCCGGGCCCUCGCAGCAGCCUCGGGGGCCCCAGCGCCUCGGAGCUGGAGCAGCGGCCCCGGGGCGCCCAGGCCAGGGCACCGGGCCGGAAAUCACGCAGCGGGACGGCAGGCAGCCGCCUCCCUGUCCGGUCCCUGGCCAGGAAGGCCGCCGUCCUCCGGCUCUGCCAACGCCCCGCGUGCGGUGAGAGCAGGUCGGGGAGACCUGGGCCCCGGCGUGUGGGUCCUCAUGCGUGCGCAGGACCGAGUGCUGCGAAGGAAGGCGGCGGCACCUGCCCUGCGCGCCCGGGAGAGUCUCCUGGCUGCCGGAACUCUGUCUCCAGGGGCCGGGGUGGCAGCCCAGGCCACCCCAGGUGCGCAGCUGACCAAGGGAAGCACACUCAGAGGCCGGAGCCCGGUGAGGAGGCUUCCGUUCUCGGUGCUCAGGAGCCUCAUCGACGUCCCGCCAGUGCCGGGAGAGCUGCGCGCGUCUGCUGCGGACCCGGCCGCGGGCACCGACAUGGGCACCGACGCUCCGCCCCAGGACUUUGCCUCCUCGGAGAUGCAGCUGAACCAGCGGCUGCAGCUGAUCAUCCCCGACGAUGACACGAGAAGGCUCGUUUCUAACGUCAUCAGCACUUGGAAAUCGGACUGCAUGCAGCCCCCCCUGCCCCGGAACUGUGCCCAGCUCUUGGCCAGGACGCACCGCCUGCUGACGCUUCUCAGGGAACAGCAGGAAGCCAAGGUGUCACAGGCCCAGAGGGAGCUGGAGCAGGGGGGACCGGACACCUCCGUGGGCGAGCACACAGGGUCCCAGGGCCAGCAGAGGCGGCCGCAGGAGCAGUGGAAGUUCAGACAGCAGGUUCCCGGGUGCACUUACACCUCCUUAUACAUCAUCCUGGCAUUAGCAGCCCUGUCCGUGGUGCUGAUAGCUGUCAUCGUCGCCCUCUGCCUCAGGAAGAGUGACCGCUGCAGAGGAGCCUGGGUGAGACAGCAGGAGACCUUGAGGGAGCUCAGCGAGGAGGCGCCGCCUACGCGGUCGGCCAGCGAGCUUGGGGAGAGCAACAAGGAGAGCGACAUGGAGAGCGACAGCCUCGUGGAGGUGCCCGUCAGCUGACCCC